AUGGGCAAGGCAUAUAUAUGUUCGAGGAUCAGCAUAUUUCGACUUCCAAACAAGAUCAACGAAAAUCCCAAGUUCUAUUCAACCAUUACCAGUGCAAGAUUUGAGGACUUGAAGAUGGAUUUAUUUAGAAAGUGUAUGGAGCCAGUUGAGAAGUGUUUGAAGGAUGCUAAGAUGGACAAGAACACCAUCCACGAUGUUGUCCUUAUCGGUGGGUCUCCUUCAAGAUUUCAUCGAAUGUUGCAGAUGUCUUCAAUGACCUGCUACUUUAUUGGUGGUGCUACAUCUCCGACUUCAACCAGGACUUACGGUCGUUGCUCAACAAUCUGA